AUGGGUAGGAAACGGGAUAUUGGUAGAAAAUACCUUAGUGGUCACGAAAAGAAAAUUCGUAAAAAAAAAUCGGAAAAUAUAGACAAAGAAUUUAAAGGUUCGUUAUUGAAAUAUUUCAAACAAGAUGAGAAAAAAGGUACCCAAACUAUGGAUGUCACCGAGCUUGAACAAGAAGAUUUGUUAACUGAGUCCAAUGAAGAAUGUUCUACAUCAUCUCAAAGUACAUCAUUACAAUUAACAUCAUCUCAAAGUACAUCAUUACAAGAAACAUCAUCUCAAAGUACAUCAUCUAAAAGUAUUUCAUCUCAAGGAAAUCAACAAAGUAGCAUCAUAGAUUUACAUGAUCCUGGAUUUUGGCCUGAAAAAAUUACUGAACAAUUCAGAAUGGAAAUAAUUCGCAAUGGAAUGGUUCAACUUAAAGGGUAUAAUUAUCCAAAAGACCGAUUUAAUAGAUCUUUCUCAGAUAAACAUUUUACAAGAACUUUGAAAAAUGGACUACAACAAGAGCGAAGAUGGCUAUUGUAUUCGAAGGAAAAAGAUUCGGUUUUUUGUUUUUCAUGUCGGUUAUUUUGUCCAAAUGAUUCAGCACUUUGUUCAGAUGGUUUCAAUGAUUGGACUCAUUUGAGCGAGCGUCUUCAUACUCAUGAAAAUUCGAAGGGUCAUUUUAACUCAAUGUUCCAACUGAUUGAAUUGGAAAAGCAUUUGAAAUCAGGAACUACAAUUGAUAAAAUUCACGAAAAUCAUGUUCAACAGCGAAUUCAAUUUUUAACAAAAGUAUUUGAACGUCUAAUUCAGGCUAUUUUAUUCAUGUCUAAAAAUAAUUUGGCAUUUCGUGGAAGUAAUGAUAAAUUAUAUGAACCACAUAAUGGUAUUUUUCUUUCGCUCAUCGAAUAUGUAGGAAAAUUUGAUCCUGUGAUGAAUGAGCACUUGAAAUAUUCUAAAAAAUCAUACUUGUCUCCAAAAAUACAAAACCAAUUGAUAAUCGCAAUGGCGAGGAAAGUUCGUUCUGAAAUAAUUUCAAAAAUAAAAGAAGCCAGAUAUUUUUCAAUUUUAUUGGAUUGCACACCGGAUGCAAGUCAUCAAGAGCAACUGUCAAUUGUUUUUCGAUAUGUUGAUGUUGAUGAUAUGACGAAUGGAUUUAUUCACGAAAGAUUUUUGCAGUUCGAAUCAGUAGAAGAUACCACUGGCAAAGGAUUGACAGCCAAAAUAGAAAGCAUCUUGAAAGAUGAAGGACUAGAUCUUGCGAAUUGUCGUGGUCAAAGUUAUGAUAAUGGGGCAAAUAUGCGAGGGGUAAAUAAAGGAGUGCAAGCACUAAUUUUGGAAAAAAAUCCCAAAGCCUAUUACAUGUCAUGUGGAAGCCAUAAUCUAAACCUAAUUCUUAGUGAAAUGUCUAAAUCAUCUAAUAUUGCGAUUUCAUUUUUUGGCACAUUGCAAAGUUUAUACAAUAUUUUCGCCGGUUCAGUUAAUAGGUGGAGAAUUUUGAAAGAACAUGUAAAUAAUCUUACUCCAAAACCUUUGUCCGAAACACGUUGGGAAUGUCGCAUUAAUAGCGUAAAGGCGGUGAGAUUCCAACUUUUGGAAUUUUCUAAAGCAUUGGAAUCGUUGGAAAAUCAUGUUACAGAAUCGAAAAUCAAGUCUGAGAUCGAUUCCAUAAAAAACAAAAUAUCAUCGAUUGAGUUCAUAUUCAGCCUGAUUAUAUGGUAUCGAAUUCUAGAAAAAGUAAAUAUUGUUAGUAAGCUUUUCCAAAAAUUUAGAGAUGAAGGAUUCGAUUCCUCGCUGGCUGAAUCGCGAGAGUUGGCGCGCCGGCUUGAUAUAAAUCCAGAAUUUAAAGAUAACCGGAUUCGGAAGAAAAAACGAUUUGAUUCUGAAGGUGAUGAUGAACCAAAAUCAUCACCUGAAGAUAGAUAUCGUAUUGAUUAUUUUUUGAUAAUCAUCGAUCAAGCUUUGGAAUCGUUUCGCAAUCGAUUUCAAUAUUACCGAAAUCACCAUGAAAUGUUCGGGCCCUUUUACGAUUCCGAUAGACUGAAAAGUUUAUCCGAAUCGGAAUUGGACACUUGCGGCCGAACCAUUGCAUCUGUCAUGGGAGAGGACAUCGAGUGUAGUGAUUUAGUAAACGAAAUUCGACUUAGUCGUGAGGUUCUACCGUCGAACCUGGGGUUGUCUCAAACUUUGAAGUAUUUUUCUGAUAAUCACUUAUUGGAAUUAUAUCCGAAUUUGGUGAUUCUCCUUCGAAUUCUAUCGACAUUACCGAUUACAGUCGCAUCAGCUGAACGCUCGUUUUCAAAGUUAAAGCUUAUUAAAACUUAUCUUCGCUCGACCAUAGGCAAAGAUCGUUUUAAUGCUUUGGCUUUAUUGUCGAUCGAACAAGAGUUCGUCAACAAUAUUGAUUUCAGCGAUUUAGCCUAUCGCUUUGCCGUCAACCAGUCAAAAUCAAAAUAG